AUGCAGGCAUUCCUAAAACGAGGGCUAUCCUCGCUCUCAUUAUCCGCUUCCUCUUCCCAAUCAAACUUGACCACAUCGACUGAUAACCAAGUUAAUGAUAUUCCGGGCGAAACCGACAACUCGGAUAUUGAUGACAGGACAGCCGAACAGCCGGUAGUAUUUACCACCGCCAGUGAAGAUGUUCUCUUCCCCAAAGUUCGGCCGGAGCUAGAUGGAGAGGACUGCAAUAGAGAUUGUGCAAGUUGUACAAUUCGAUAUCCAGCAAAAUUUAUUGUUGAUCUGGAAGAUAAGGUGUACGGGAACGUCACAGGAUGGGCAACCCACGUCCUUAUUGCGACGGGGAAAACAGAUUGGGUCCGAGAUAUUGCGGAUGAGAAAGGCAGUGUCAUGGAAGCUGUUGAUAAGUGUGGGGUGAAACCUGGAAAUGGAACACUCAAGCUAUCAGCUUCGAAUAUACCAGUACCGGAUGAAUACCAUAUGCAUCCUGAAGGGGAGCAGCCGACGACAGCCUUGAUAUUGCCUGCGUUCACUAUAGUGGAGAACGUCACACCCGCGCUUGCACCCGAUUUGAUUCACCAUUUCGUCAAUAAGUCGGCCACAACAACCACACCGCUAAAUCAAGCAUCCCUGCCUAUUUGCAAUCCAGCAGUAGAUACGGGACCAAUCGAAGGUGCGGAAUCUGAAACCCAGGAAUCAUCUGUCAGCAACGGUAAUGUCGGAAAGGAUGAUGCAGUGACCGAAAUUCCCACACCUCUCCGUUCUCGGUCUUGUCCGCAUGCCGCAGUGAUACUGCUAUGCUCACAGCGUACCCGCGAUGCACGAUGCGGGCAAUCUGCUCCACUCUUGCGACGUGAGUUUGAGCGUCACCUUCGCCCGCUGGGCUUAUAUCGGGAUCUUGACGAUGAAAGACCAGGUGGGGUAGGCAUAUAUUUCAUCUCGCAUGUGGGAGGACACAAAUAUUCCGCCAACGUGAUGGUUUAUCGGAGAAGAGACUUUGAAUGGUAUAAAAAGGAGGCGCAGAAGGAAGGCCAAGGGGAUCAUGAAGAUCGCGGGAGUGAGGGUGAGGGCGCCGCCCAGGGGAUAUGGCUUGCCAGAGUUCGUCCGGAAGAUUGCGAAGGUAUUGUCAAAUAUACUGUGCUGAAGGGCAAGGUGGUCAAGCCCGAUACACAGCUGAGAGGAGGUUUUGAUCGGGAAAGGGGCCUGAUUAGCUGGUGA